AUGUUAUGCGAACUGGGAGAGUCAUCACCGGUUGCACAUCGCAGAUUCCAAGCCAUGGAGAAAAGAUUUGUCAUUAAUCCCACGCUACAUUCCGACUACUGUAAAUUCAUGGACGAAUAUCAGUCACUUGGACACAUGGAAACAGUCGAGCCAGAACCGUCUAUUCCCCAUUUCUAUCUACCUCACCACGCUAUAUUGCGACCUGAUAGUGCAACGACUAAGACCCGAGUCGUUUUUGAUGGUUCGUGUAAAUCAACAAGCAAUCUGUCGCUCAACGAUAUUUGCUACAUUGGUCCGACAGUUCAGCCACCUCUUCUCGCCAUAAGCUUAAAUUUUCGGAUGCCCAAAUACGUUGUUACAGCUGAUGUCGAAAAAAUGUAUCGACAAAUCAGGGUGCACAAGCUAGAUCGCACGCUGCAGCAAAUAUUUUGGAGGAAUUCUCAGAGCGAAUCAUUGAAAACCUACCAACUUAAAACCGUUACUUACGGUACAGCAUGCGCACCAUUCUUCGCCACCCGUUGCUUGAACCAGCUCGCGGAUGACGAACAGGAUCAUUUUCCGUUGGCAGCUCGACUACUAAAGAAAUCCUUCUAUGUUGACGAUUGUUUGGCUGGAGAUGACGAUAAAGAUAGAACAAUCGAAAGCUGUAAGCAACUAAUUCAACUACUGGCUUCUGGGGGCUUCUUGCUCAGGAAAUGGAGCUCGAAUGAUCCAGAAAUCCUUUCCCACAUUCCGGAAUAUCUCCGUGAUAACCGAGAUGAUCUUGAAAUCGACAAAUCUAGCUCGGUCAAAACCCUCGGAUUAAUUUGGCAUCCACUCAUUGAUUCUUUUGGAUUCAAGGUUCCACUACUUUCACCCUCAAUACCAAUCACGAAAAGGAUAGCACUUUCGGAAAUGUCCAGGUUGUUUGAUCCCAUGGGACUUGUGGGAGCAGUAAUCGUGUCCGCCAAAAUCUAUUUACAGUCCCUGUGGUCGAAUUCGUUUACUUGGGAUGAGGAGUUACCACUCGGCUAUCAAAACUGGUGGAAAACCUUUAGGACUGAAAUUCAAGUGCUUUCGACCUUGAAAAUAACUAGAAGAGUACUUAUCGACCAGUUCGACCAACUUGAACUGCACUGUUUUGCAGACGCCUCCGAGAAGGCGUACGGAUGUUGCCUGUACGUUAAAUCGAUCGACAAAGGUGGAAAUGUAGCUUGCAACCUCCUCAUAUCAAAGUCCAAAGUAUCCCCGCUAUCGAAACAGUCAACUCCACGACUUGAAUUGUGUGCAGCUGUCAUGGCUGCUCAACUAGCCGACACAGUAAAGAAAAAUACUGAACUUUCUUGCUCGAUCACUUUCUGGUCGGAUUCAAGCAUUGUGCUUCAUUGGAUAGCUUCAGUAUCUUCAACAUGGAAAGUGUAUGUGUCCAAUCGGAUCGCCGAAAUUCAUCGGCUCACUCAUGGAAGCGAAUGGCGAUAUGUGCCUUCAGAGCAAAAUCCGGCUGAUCAUAUAUCUCGCGGCAUUUCUCCUGCACAAAUAAUAGACGAUCAACUCUGGUGGCAUGGGCCACCAUUCCUGAUGGAAGAGAAAGUUCAUUGGCCUACUAAUAUAAUCGAAUUAUCGCCACUACACCAUUGUAUUCGAAAUCAAGAAACUCGGGGAACCGUAUCGUUGGUCACAACCUCGCCUCCCCUAAUACUUUCGCUGAUCAACAAAUAUUCGGUUUUGUCUACUCUCGAACGAACGCUCUCAUGGAUUCGAAGGUUUGUUUACAAUUGCCGCACAAGUUCAGAAAACAGAUUAGUUGGUCCGCUCAAACCGAAAGAAUUAGACGAUUCACUAAAACUGCUGGUGAAACAAGUUCAACAAGAUUCCUUUUCGUCAGAAAUUGCUUUUCUGCACCGAUAUCCUGGACCUGUGCAAAGGAAUUUUUUGUUUAAAUCGUCUUUGAAAAAACUCAACCCUUUCUUAGAUGUAGAAGGGCUAUUGAGAGUACAUGGGCGCUUGGAGGCGUUGGACGCUCCAUUCGACACUCGACACCCCAUCAUACUUCCAGCGAAACAUCAUUUGACACACCUGAUUGCCAAGAGAACUCACAUUGACACACUACACUGUGGACCACAAAUGCUUCUCAAUACUCUACGCCAGCGGUUUUGGCCCAUUCGAGGCAGAGAUUUAGUGAGAAAAGUGGUGGACAAAUGCCUGAUCUGCUUCUCCUGCAAACCGAAGAGCAUCCAACAACUCAUGGGAUCAUUACCGGCAGCGAGAGUGACUCCGUCGCGCGCGUUUCUGAAGUCCGGCGUGGACUAUUGCGGUCCGUUUUACGUUCGCCCGCCGAGUCGUCGGGGCAAUUCUCUGAAAAUUUUCGUUGCAAUAUUCGUUUGUAUGGCCUCCAAGGCUGUCCAUAUCGAAAUGGUAUAUAGCCUGACGUCGGGUUCGUUCUUAAGUGCUUUGAAACGCUUCGUGGCACGUCGCGGUCGCGUAACUGACGUGUACUGCGACAAUGCACGCACUUUUGUUGGUGCGAAUCGUCAGCUGCAAGAGCACAAACAGCUAUUCGAUGAGCUGCACCGUUCUGAAGAUCUCACAAACAAGUGCACCAAAGUGGGAAUUAACUUCCACUUUAAUCCAGCUCGGUCUCCGCAUUUUGGAGGGUUGUGGGAGGCCGCCGUUAAGACCUUCAAGCACCAUCUGUAUCGCAUCAUGAAGGAUACUCUCCUCACUAUCGAGGAAUUCAACACCUUGAUUACCCAGAUUGAAGGAAUCAUGAAUUCAAGGCCUCUCACACCCCUGUCAUCCGAUCCUGCUGACGUUGUUGCUCUCACUCCGGGGCACUUGUUAGUUGGCGAGCCGUUAUUCCAGAUUCCUGAGCCUGAUCUCUGCGAAACUCCUAUUAAUCGCCUCACUUCUUUCCAGAAAAUGCAACAGAAGAUUCAACAUUUUUGGAAGGUUUGGUCUAGUGCGUAUGUUGGUCAACUUCAAGAUCGACAGAAAUGGCCGAUGGCUCAUCCAGACAUCAAAAUUGGAACAUUGGUACUGCUGAAGAACGAAUCAACUCCUCCAAUGAAGUGGAAUCUGGGCCGAAUCGAAAGCGCCUUCCCUGGCAGGGAUGGUCGCACAAGAGUCAUCCAGGUUCGAACCGCAAAUGGAAGUUACCGACGGGCAAUAACGGAAGUCUGUCCUCUACCGAUCGACGAUGUCAUCGAGGCUAACAGAUCAACCAGUGCAACUUCGUCAAUCCUAAUUGACCAAAACCAGACAUAG